AUGCCACCUUCGUCUCUAUCCAGCACUGCCUCUGAAGCUUCCGGCCCGGUGAUGGCAGGCCCUUAUACAUCCAUCACGGAUCGUGAUCGUGAUCUUGAUCUUGAUCAUGAGGACGGCGAGGAUGUGUUCAGUGAUGAAUCAGAUUUCCACGGGAGCUUGAAAACCACGUCGACGUACCGCCAGCUGGCGGCGGCGUACGAUCCCGAGAAAUACUGGGCCGUCCAUGAGUGGAACACCCAGGUGGCGGCCGCGCGGGGGAGGAAGGCCAGGCUCGAGGCGGCGGCCAGGCAGCGCUCGAAGGUGGCCUUGAAGAAGAAUCAGCAAGCUCAGUCGACCACGGGCGAUGGCGAUACAGGUGCCCACCACCAGCAGCAGACGGAAGGAGAGAUUCGUGGGGUGUUUGAUAAAGAUGGAGAUGGAAAGAGGGACAUGGAGAUGAGUGUCGACGACACAGACAUCAUCAAAGCCGAUAACGGCUCUGCAAUCCCUCAAGAACCUGACCCCGAGGACGACGCCCGAAAGCCCCAGAACUACUACGAGGGAGUCUCCUCGGCGAAACAACUCUCCGAGUCUGUCGCCGACUUCCUCGCCCGUCUCCCGCCGUCGACCACCACGUCGGUCGCCGCGGGAGGCCCGUGGAUCUGGAUUGCCAAUCCUGAUCCUGGCCGACGCACGAGCUCCGACCCAGAAUUCGGCGCCGGCGACGUCGCCACGUUCCGCCAACUCGGCACGCGGCUGCUGGAGCGAUACCGCUCGCGCAAGGACGCCGUCGAGGCCCAGCACCCGGGGAAACCCGCGGGGACGAUCACGCGCAUGCUCCGGCCCGACCGCAUCAAGUUGGAGUCCGACGUCAAGGAACUCGCCGCGGCCCAGCGCGUCACGGCGGGCAAGUGGAUGCUCUUCCCCCGAGAAGAUCAAGUCGACGCCGUGUGGGCGGUCGUGGCGCGCGCGGUGUGGGAAGGGACGUUGGGCACGGCGGCCAAAGUGGCCACCGCGAGGGGAGGGGGAGAGACGGUGGUUGACCGUGACGAUGGCGGCGGCGCCGGCGGCGGCGGUGGUGCAAUGAAAGACAGCGGCCUCCGGCUGAUCUGCAUCUACACGCCCGACUUCUCCGACCAAGCGGACGUCAAGCGCGUGCUACUCGGCCUGAAAGAUCUAGGGCUGCUCGACGUCGACGUCGACGAGACGAAGAAACCGAACGACGACAACAGCAACAACAACAAGGGCCGCCUUCCGUCGUCGUCGUCGUCGUCGUCGUCGCCACGUGGGCUCAAGACCAUCUACUACAAAUGCGACGCCUACACGCACCUCGACCUGAGUAGCGGUAACGAGUUCAAGCUCAGAGCCAGCAUGUACUCGUCCCGCGACCUGUUUCCGGAGUGGUACGCGAGCAACGGCCCUAGUAGUGGUGGUGGGGCGAUGGGAUACCGAUGA